AUGGAUGAGCUGCAAGAGUUCAAUGUGGUGAAGAAUGAACGACAAUUGCAUGAUGAGCUCGGGAAGCUUAUUUGUGAUUUUGGUUUGUUGAUCAAAUCCGACACUUCUGACCGUGACAAGUACGAACACUCAAAGUCCAUACUUAAUAGGAUAAUCUUAGGCAUAAAUGAGUUUGAACCUUCGCCAAAAUUACUUGAUUCUCACUUGAGCUUUUACAUAGGUUCACUCACAGACUUGUACUUCUUCAUAAACAAUCAGAAGAAACUGGCAGAUCCAAUUCCUUAUCACUAUUCUGGAUCAUUUUCUCACAAUAUUGGCGAGAUCAUCUAUAACUUUUCAAAGAUUAGAGGCUUCAAACAUGUCACAAAUUACUUCUCAUCAGAUGUGUACCUAAUCCCUCGUUUAAUUGAGCUCACUAAAUUGCUGGAUAAUGAUAACGAGCUAUUUUUAUGUUUAAUUUGGUUAUCGAAUCUCGUGUUAGUCCCAUUUAAGUUGGAACAUAUUGAGUCAACAUUACCUGUCCAAUUAAUCGGAAUUGCUAUCGAAAACCUUUCAAAGCAUGCCAAUGCUUCAAAGAAUCAAUUGAUAUCGCUGAUCCUCUUGUCAAGACUAUUAACCAGAUCGGAUGUUAUUCAUAAUUCAAAUCAUUUGUAUGAGUACUUCCACAUAUACGUAGAGCCAGAAUGGAAGUCUCUAGAUAGACUUAAUGGUUCUGUCAAGCUUGGGCAUCUAAUUACAAUCAACAAAUUGUUGAAGAGAUGUCCAAUUGAAGUCAUCGAACCGUACCUUGAUACAGUCUACAAUCUAAUUUCUAUUGAUCUAAUGAAUCUUAGAAUACAACAGGAAAGCACACAGAAGCAUUUGAAUAAUCUCAAUGUCUUAUACAUGAUCAAGAUAUUGAGCAAGCUCUCGAUGGUUUAUGUCAAGCGUGGAAAUUAUCAAAUGACAUCCACCAUCAUUAACCAUCUAUUGAGUCAUAUCAUGAAUUUAAUGACCACAUUUGAUACAUCAUUGAGGUAUGCAAUGGCAAAAUCUUUAGCCAAGUUAACAAAAAUAUUAUCGAUGACAGCUACCAAUUAUCAAGAACAGCUUAUAUCCUAUAUGAUUGGCCAAUUAGACUUGAACUUGAAACCAGCUUCUUCAUUUGUAUCGUGUCUUAUUAUUGAUAAUGAUGCAGUUUUCAUUCCAAAAUAUCAUACCAUUUUAUUAUACUUUGGCUUUACAGCAUUAGAAAAUUCUUUCCCUGUGAGUCUUGUGCCAAGUUUACUAAGCAUUAUCCACAAGACAUUGUUCAUGGAACAAAGGAGACUAUCUUCGGUCCUAGGUAGUCAAGUCCGUGAUUCGUCGUGCUUUGUGCUUUGGGCAUUGUGCCGAAUAAUUAAACAAGAUGACUUCAACGCCUUGUCUAUGGCCAAUCCUUUGAUGAUGGAAACGAUACUUUUCGAUUUGAUAUUAAUAGUCAUCAUGGAUGGUGAAUUGAUAAUCCGAAGAUGUGGGAUUGCUGUUAUCCAGGAAUUUGUUGGAAGAUUUGGGAAUUUACUUUUCAAGCAGUACAUUGAUGAUGUUUUCAAAGUUGGCGAAUUUAUAAUCAAUUUUAUUGAGCUGUUUGCGUCAUCAAAUAUAAGCUCACAUCAGUCGUCAUAUUUGCUAAUUGAUGAGAUGAUAAAACUUGGCUUCAACAAGUCGCUAUUUAUUCCAAAACUACUCGAAAACGUCACAAAUGAGAACUUGAAAUUUGCAAUUAGGAAAUUGAGCUGCACGUAUCUCAAUCUGAUCAUGAGGAUGGAAGGUAAUUUUUUGAAUUACGAGGUGAAAGAUCAUGAAGAGUAUGGUUUAGAAUAUAUUUUGGAAAAACUAUUAAAUCUUGAUAUAUAUUUCAUUUGCGUCUUUUUGCCAGACAUUGAUGAACGCUCAAGAUCAAAGUAUAUUGGCUAUCUAACUGAAAGGACACUGGAUUUCAAGUUUGAUUAUCACCAUGAUACACACGAAAAGGCAGAAGGAUACUUGAAGUGGACGAACUUACAAAUCAAAUUGGGUAUGUCAAUAGAGAACAAUUGGCCCAUCAUUUUCAAUAUCUUAAGGCUAUCCCCAACACCUUACUUGAUCGAAGAGCUAAUAGAACUAUUUGGGCACUUAGAUAGCUCACAGCUUUCUCAGGAAAGCAUCCGAAAAUUCCAAUACUACUUGAGGAAUAAUAAUCAGAUGCUAGCAAAUGUGAUUUUUGCAUAUUGCUUUGAGGACGAGGAGUUUGAGGAAUUUGUUGGGAUCAUGUCAGCCAGUGAAGUCGACUGCGAAAUAAGGACACUCAUGGUGAAUAGCUUGACCCACCAACAAAGAAAACUUCCACCGGGUGUUGGUUCUCAGUUGGUUGGCUUGCUUGACGACUACACUUUGACAAAACAAGGAGAUGUUGGCUCCAAGAUACGGUAUGGGGUCAUCCAACUAAUCAAGCACAAUUUUGACCAAUUUUAUGGAUUAGAAAAGCAGAUCGAAUUAAAGCUAGUGAGAUUGGCAGGCGAGUUGAUCGAUAAGAUUCGGUUGGAGGCCAUGAACUUGUUACUCUCGAUGAAAGGUAUGAGCUUAUUGAGCAAUGAAUUAUCAGUAUCGCAAUAUUUUGCCUACUUGUUCAAGUAUUAUGGAGAACAGAUUUUGCCUCUUUGUGAACAAGAUCACGAAAAGCAGAUGUCUCUUUUGUUCUGGAAAGGGGUCACUUUCAGUAUUGGAGCACUUGCGGCUAAUGCCACCGUUUUGAACGAAUCCUUUGCGCAGUUAUUAGUAUUCUUACUCGAUCACUCGCACCCUGUGGUGUACCAGAACUUCUUGACUCUAUUAAAAGUGCCCCAGGGUGUAGAGGUCAGUGCCAGGGACCAAAAGAGCUAUGUUGUGGUGCUCAAUGUAUUUGUCAAGCUAUUCGAGGCCAACUUUCAGUUCCCGGCCGACUUCAAUUACGAGGCCCUCUACAUUCGGUGCUACAACUUGCAGAUCAACACCACAAACCUCACCCGGAUCGGAUUAACUCUCAAGAUUUUCCAUCACAUGGGCGAGUUGCGAGACGAGGUGUCAGUAAAGUGCAGGAAGAGAAUAGUGGCCCUUGCCUGUGGCCACAAGCUUGGAAAAGUCCGAGAAAUGGCAGGCGAGACCAUGUUUGAAGUCAUCAACGACUUGUGUCCUACAUCUGAAGCUGUGGGCUUGCUAGAUACAAUCGAAUGGGGCCAGUCGCCCCUCAAAUUAAAACAGUUCAAGGCUAAGCUUGAGCAGAUUUUGAUUUCCAUUUAA